AUGCUGGCGUCGAGGACGGUAUGCGCCCAGUGCCGUCCGAGGCUUCUGCCCAGCGCAGCGACCCUCGGAACGAUCCGACCGAGUUCGACCGCGAGCUUUCCGGCCGCCGCCGCCGCCGCCACCGCGACCGCGAACCCUGCGAGACCGACGGCCCAGCCACGCCACGUCAGGCCAUACAACAUACCGCCGAAACGCAGCGCCGACGGCGACCAGAGCGCGAGGCAGAGGGCGCUGGACCUCUUUGAAGAGACCAUCAGCAGCGAACCGCGGGCGUCGCCGGUGACGAGCCAAGAUGUCAACCAGCUCUACCGGCUCGCCGACGAACUCGACACGAUCACGCAGAACAAGAAGGGGCUGCCCGAGGCGGAGGUUGCGGUAAAAACAUACGAGCUGAUAUCGACGAGAAUUCUUCCGGCAUUACGGGCCUCGGGUUCCCCCUUGCCAACGGUUGUCAAGACGAAAGCAACCCUGGCCAUGCACCAGAUCGCGAAUGUCAAGUUUUCGAAUAUCGACAAUGCGGACCUGCCCAGCACUGCCGGAAUCUGCAAGGUCUACGCCGACCUGGGCAACUUGAGAGUGGUGAAGAGAUUGGAGCUCAUCAACAGCCUCCUGCGGGCAAUAGUGUCGUCCCCGUCCGGGUCGGGGACCCGGUGCGUCGAGGAACGGCUGCUGGACGAUCUUGUGGAAUGCUGGAAACACUUUUCGGGCAUGAGGCGCGCCGACAGCGGCUUGGCCUCGGAGGCAAAGUUCUGGCUCACCACCAGGCCCGACAUGCGAGGGGUCGAGCAGCCCGUCAGGCUCUUCCGCGCCCUGUUCCCCUUGUUUGCAAUCAACGAGCUGCGGGGCAGCGGCGCCGCCCUCGUGACCACGUUCGUCCUGCUCUCCGAGUCCAGGCACAUGCUGACCAGGGCGAGGGAGGAGGCGCAGCCGCUGCUGGAAGCAUUGGACCCCAUCGUGAAGCGAUUCGACCAGGAGAUGCUGCGUCAGAUGUUUGAGGGCUACCCCGAACUGUGGAGCCACGUCCAGCCCAGGGCAGACUGGCGGGUGACGCGAAUGGCACACGAGGCCUGGAAAGAGCCGGGCACGCCUCCCGUCGAGAGCAGCCCGAGCCGUGCCCGGUCGCCGGGGCUCUUCUCGUAUGCUCAGUGGCACAAGCGGUUCGACGUGGCCUUCCGUUCGAACGACCACGCGGCGGCGCAGCAGGCCUGGAGGGACCUCGUCGAUCCGGCGAACGACGCCCACCGCGCCCAGAGACUGCGCGACUCCCCCGAGCUGCUCGACUACAUCCUGUUCCUCGCCUGCAGCAAAUGGGCCGUGGACGCCGAGGGCUUCUCCAAGAUGACUGCCAACGUGUUGGCGUACAUGAGAGAGGUGGAGUCCGCACCGACGAUCAGGACCUACACGUCGAUGAUGAAGGGCUGGAAGCAAGCCAGGCGGCUGGACCCGAUUGAGAAGCUGUGGGCCUCCAUCACGGCGUCGGGGGUGAGGCUGGACGAGCAUAUCUGGACGACCAGGAUAGCGGCGCUUGGCCAUCUGAGCCACGAAAAGGCCGGGCUGGCGGCGUUGAAGGAGAUGGAGACGGUGUGGAACACGGCCGUGAAGAAGGGCACCCAGAACACCGCGGUCGAACCCGGGAUCGCGAGUGUGAACGCGGCCAUCUCCGGGCUGCUCAAGCAGGACCGCAUGGAGGUGAUCCGCGCGGUGCUGGCGUGGGCGAUAGAGAGGGGCAUCGAGCCCAACAUCUUCACGUACAACAUGCUCCUGGCGCGGAUGCUCAAGAAGGGCGCCUCCGACGAGGCGGACAGGAUCCUCUCCAGCAUGCGGAGCGCGGGCUUGGCCCCCGACGCCGCCACCUUCACAAUCAUCCUCGAGGCGGCCCUCGAGGAUCUACCCGACCAGGCGCCCGCGGAGCAGCGGGAGACCAUCGACAAGGUCUUCUCGGAGAUGGCCGCCUGCGGCAUCGAGCCCAACCAGGAGGCGUUCGCCAAGAUGCUCCACGUCCUCGUCAAGGCCGGCGACGCCGCGGAGCACUCGGUGGCCGCCGUUCUCGCCCAGCUGCGCAGCACCGGCAUGCAGCCGUCGACCGAGAUCUGCACGAUCCUGGUCGAGUACUACGCCAGCCGCGAGCGGCCGGACCUCGACUCCCUCCGCGCCCUCGUCGCCGACCGCCGGUCUCGCACGCGCGCCCUGACGGACCGCGUCUUCUGGGAGAGCGUCAUCAAGCACUACCACCGCGCCGGCGACCUGGACAGCGCGCUGGAGAUCGUGUACGACCUGGACGACUGGGGCAUCUGGCCCGCGCUCCCGCUGCUGGAGCCCCUGCUGCGGGAGCUGAUCCGGAGGCAGGACUGGGACGGCGCCAAGAUGUUGGUCGACACGGUUCGCAAGCAGGCCCGACCCCAGGCGGCGGCGGCGGCGGGGAACAAGGGCGGACGGUACUGGAACCACGGGUUCUGGGCUGCCGCCAAGGAUUACGAGCUGUUUUGA